GCGAACAGUACCAGGAAGUGAUGACUGAGGGUAGUUUAUGAUUUGAGGUCACUGUUUUGCAUUAAAGUUGAUCAUGCAGUGGACAUUCAUCUAACUCCUUGUGAUGGCACUCACAUUACCCAGACACCUGACCCAUUAUACCCAGCACCAUCUUUUUGUAUUUCUACUGACAUUCUUUAGUUAUGCUUUGCUUCAUGCGUCUCGAAAGACAUUCAGCAAUGUCAAAGUCAGUAUUUCUGCCCAGUGGACUCCUUCAUAUCAAAAUGUCAGUAUGUACUUCCUGGUACCUGAAGAGGUAUGGAGUAAGAAUCAAUUGUUUUCAGAUCUUAAAGAAGCCACUGUCUUUCUGGGAGUUUUAGACACAAUCUUCCUAUUUUCAUAUGCUGUGGGCCUUUACAUUAGUGGAAUUGUUGGAGAUCGCUUUAGUCUGAGAUAUGUUCUCUCCUUUGGAUUAUGUUGUUCAGCAGUUGUGGAAUUUCUAUUUGGGACAUUGACAGAAUGGCUCAGUUUUUACAACGUAUAUUUCUACAGCAUCCUCUGGGGCGUAAAUGGAUUACUGCAGUCAACGUGUUGGCCCUGUGUUGUUGCUAUCAUGGGAAACUGGUUUGGAAAAUCUGGUCGUGGCAUUGUCUUUGGACUAUGGAGUGCCUGUGCUUCUGCUGGAAACAUCUUGGGAGCUUUUUUGGCUUCAUGUGUUUUACAGUAUGGAUAUGAAUAUGCCUUCCUGGUGACCUCCUCUGUGCAGUUUGCUGGAGGAGUGGUGGUAUUUUUUGGACUUCUGAGUACUCCAAAAGAAGUUGGUCUUUGUGAACCUUCAGAGGAAGAUGGUGAAGUUUCAGAAUGUGAGGAUAGCUAUAGACCAUUGAUUAAUGAUGAGCUAGGAGAACAAGAUGAAACACAAUGCAACAUCCAGUCGUACAACCACAAACAGAAGCCAUCACCUGUGGGUUUUUUUCAGGCUGUUUGUCUUCCAGGAGUAAUACCAUAUUCUCUAGCUUAUGCCUGCCUCAAACUCGUCAACUAUGCCUUUUUCUUCUGGUUGCCAUUUUACAUGAGCAACAACUUUGGCUGGAAAGAAGCUGACUCUGACAAGUUAUCUAUCUGGUAUGAUGUAGGAGGCAUCAUAGGUGGGACUGUGCAAGGUUUGAUUUCAGAUAUGCUGCACAAGAGAGCUCCUGUUUUAGCCAUCAGUUUAAUCUUAGCUAUUGGAUCUGUAAUAGGAUACAGCCAUUCCCCAAAUAAUCAAGCUGUGAAUUCAGUCAUUCUUGCGAUAACAGGUUUUUUCAUUGGAGGUCCAGCCAACAUGAUCAGCUCAGCCAUUUCAGCAGACUUGGGCAGACAGAAGACAUUGCAGGGAAGCCAUGAAGCACUUGCCACUGUGACAGGAAUUAUAGAUGGAACUGGUAGCAUGGGAGCUGCUGCAGGGCAGUAUCUGGUCUCUUUGUUUGAAAGCAAAUUAGGAUGGACUUCAGUAUUUUACUUUUUCAUUGUUAUGCUUGGCGGCACUUUGGUGUUCAUUUCUCCACUGAUUGUUCGGGAGGUUAAGUCUUCAUUCCUGGAACGAUGCAGAUCAAGGUUUCGUUAGCUAUGAAGAAUCCAAAAUACCAAUAUGGUAGUUUGAAAUACAUAUAAAACUGUAUGUGAAACCCUGUCCUCCUAUUGUAGUGAUUAUGUUGCAUUUCCAUAUUUUUAUGUCUCUUUUUGCCUAUUUUAUGUGUUUUGUUCCCAUUUGGUGGAAUGAUUUUGUUUAUUGUUUUGUCAAAGUGGUCCGUCAUUUUUCUUUUCUUUGGUAGAAUUACUUAGGGAAUGUAAAGUUUACAAAUAAAUAUUUAAACUGUUGUCUUAUUGAAUUGCUGGAAUAAAUGUGAUGGAUGUUUAAAUGGUAAAGGGACAUACUGUAUUCUCCAGGAUCUCCUACAGGCUAAAUAUACACUGUCUCAAAAGAGUUUGUCUUGGAAGAUUAUCAGAUAUUUUCAUUUUCACACAGCAUUUUAAGCCAGUAUUUUAGCAUAAUCAGUUAUUUAGUAUAAUGCUUUCCCUUAAAUCAGUGCCUAAAGGGUCACAGGCUUUCAUUCUAAC